AUGUUAUUAUACGCUUUGUUUGGUUUGGGUUGCCUCGCCUUUGUGGCUUGGGUAUGGCUCAACUUGUGCCCAAAGCCAUAUCCGGGUAUUCCGUACAAUAAAGCGUCAGUCAACCGCAUUACUGGUGAUAUCCCCGAUCUGGUACCUAUCAUUGAGAAGACGAAUGAAUUUUCUAAUAGCGUCUUCACCAUUACUACUCAGAGACUGGGCACACCGAUUGCGCAACUGCUAUUCCCUGGUAUCCGCAAGCCCCUAAUUGUCUUGGAAGACCCCCGAGAAAUUGAGGACAUCCUCGUUCGUCGAAAUAAGGAGUUCGAUAAAGCUCCGAUGGGUAUCGACAUUUUCUCUCCGAUGUUCCCGCGUGGCACACUCAGUCAGUAUACGACUCCUGAGCUGAGGGCACAAAAACGUGUUUGGGCGGAUGUGAUGAGUACCGAGUUUCUCCGCAAGACUGCCGCACCAAAUAUACAUAAAGCAACAUUGGAGUUGCUAGAGAUCUGGCGGCUUAAGGCGUCGGUUGUGUAUAAAGACCAGCCUUUUAAUGUCCUUGACGAUCUCAAGAAUGCUGCACUGGAUGCUAUCUGGGUUGCUGUGGUCGGGGAGGAACCAGGUGUGACCAAGUUCGAAAGCAAGAAGCUACAGAGUCAGAUAUCAGGGAAUGAUGAAUAUUUGAACGAACCCCCUCCCCGUGGCACGUUCCUGAAGGAAGAAGUAGCGUAUAUCGCCAACACAAUUGCACGGAACUCCAACACACCUAUGCCUAAAUGGGCCCAGAAAUUGGAGACUUACACUCCACGCUACCGCAAGUUUCGUGCUACGGUAACCUCUGAGAUUAAUCGCGUUAUAACGAAGGCUGUUGAUCGGUUCCAGAAACUCGAGAUGGGCAAGUUGGAGGGUGAUGGUAAUGACACCUGCAUGAUGGAUUUAGUCCUGCGACGCCAAAUUCUUGAAGCUAAAAAGAACGGGAAGAUACCAACGGAUCCUAUAAAGGACCAGAAUAUGCUCGACGAGAUGUUCGUUAUGCUGGUUGGGGGACACGAUUCUACUGCCUGCACUUUAAGUUGGUUCUUUAAAUUCAUGGAGGCUUACCCUGACGCCCAGGCUGAACUACGUGCGACGCUCAAGUCGGCGUUCCCCGGCCCGGAUCCCCCGUCUGUUAAUGAUAUACUUGGAACCAACAUCCCCUAUCUUGACGGCGCAUGCGAAGAAGCAUUCCGCCUUGCUGGGACCGCGAAAGCCAAUCUCCGCCAGGCCCUAGUUGAUACUACUAUUCUAGGUUACCGAAUACCGAAAGGAGCUGAGAUAAUCAUGAAUUAUCAUAUAAAUUACUCCCCGUUUUCUGUGGACGAAUCCACUCGAACCAGCAGUAGCCAAGCUGCUGCGACCAAGCUAGGGGAUGGCCUCCUGGGAAACGCGGGUCGGGAUAUUGGCCGCUUUGAGCCGAGGAGGUGGCUUGUUAAGGACGAGAAGACGGGCAGAGAGACCUUCAACGCGUAUGCCUUACCAUCUCUUGCUUUUGGUGGGGGUACGAGGGGUUGUUUCGGACGUAAACUCGCGAUGAUGGAACUCCGGAUUAUAGUUGUGCUUCUUAUUCUCAGUUUCGAGUUUCAAGAAUUGCCAGAAGGCCUCAAGACAAUGGGAGCGCGUGAGAAGAUCUUCCGAGAAGUAGAAAAACCAUAUGCUAGGGUUAGGGUCUUGUAA